UACGAUUGCCGUGAGCCGAGCACAGAGCACCGAGCACCGAGCACCGGAAAAGUGUCGAGCAGUGUGGACCAGUAUCACUUUCACUAUCAGAGUCAGAAUUUGAAUCCCAACCAGAAUCAGAAUCUGAGUCAGAUCUUGAGCCCAUCGAACUCAAAACUCAAUCUGAAAUAAACUUCAAAAUUUUCCAAAUUCCCAAAAAAAAAAAAACAAAAACGAAAACAACAGUUCUCUGGUGCCCCAAGACAUUGUCGCGUGCUUGAAGAAAUCGACCCAAUUCAAGCGAGUUUAUCAGAAAACAAUUACAAGACCUGGGCAUCUCUGCUCUGUACCAUUUCAUCGCGACCUGGAAGGGAGCCGUCCACAUAGCCAGCCGGAGACCAGGAAAGCUAAGCGAGGAAAGCGGUGAAAGCAUGUCGGAAAAGCAGCAGCAGCAAGGACGCAAGGUGGAGGAGGAGCAGGAGCAGGAGCAGGAGCAGCAGGAGCAGGAGGAGCAGGGGGAGCAGAUGGAGAAGGAGCCUCCGAGCAGCUGCGGAUCUCCGCCGGAACCGGAACCGGAAGCGGAAGCGGAGGAGCAGGCAUCGGGAUCGGCCGCCGGAACCGAAGGAGCCGCCGCGCAGGCACCUGCCCCGGCCCAUCCCAACACCGAACUGGAGCUGGAACGCGACCGGGACAGGGACUCCCAUGGCGACAGAUCCACUCAUAGGGAUGAGUUUGGCACCCAGCGUGUUUACAAGAAGACCUCGCCGAACUGCGUGCUGACCCUAUAUCUACCGACUCGCGAGAUAACGCUCACCGGGAACAAUCCGUCCGUCCUGCGGGGCAUUGUUUUUGUGGAUCCCAAGGCCAUCCAGGGAUAUCGCGUAUACGCCCAGCUGACGCUGACCUUCCGAUACGGUCGCGAGGACGAGGAGGUGAUGGGUCUGCGAUUCUGCAACGAGGCCAUCAUGUCGCUGCACCAGAUUUGGCCACGCCUCGAGGAGCCCACCUCGGAGUCCCUCAGUCCGCUGCAGGAGGCCCUGAUGAAGCGCCUGGGAGACGGCGCCCACCCCUUCACCCUGUCGCUAUCCUCCUACGCCCCACCCAGCGUCCAGUUGGUUCCGGCCAAGCGGUACUACGGAGCUCCGAUCGGCACCAGCUACGAUGUCCGCUGCUUCAUCGCAGACAAAACGGAUGAGAAGUUCCAUCGCCGGGCCUCUGUCAAGAUGGGCGUUAGGGUGAUCUAUCGCACGGAUGUCUUUCAUCAGCACUUGGCUCCCGAGCAGUUCGCCGCCUAUGCCGGACGACAACAUGGCGCCCAAUCGCCGCCGGCCAGUGCCACGCCCCCCUCGGGCGGCGAAGGAGGCGGCGAGCAGGCAAGCACAUCCCAUCAGUCACAAUCGCAGUAUCAAUCGCAAUCGCAGCCGUCAAGCGGAGCCAAGCAUAAGUCCAAGUCGGAGAGGGGCGACUCCUUUCCCAAGCUUCGCCUCUCGCCAAAAUCCUUCCGAUUCAGCGGUCGCUUUGGACGCAGCAAGAGCGAGAUCGAGAAGUGUCCCAAUGAUCCGUUCCACAACUACAGCAAGUCCUUCCAGGAGCACUGUGACAGCAUGCUGCCACCGCACACUGGGGCCGGUGUGACCGGCGGAAUCGGGGGCGUCAGCGUGGGACCCUGUGGCGGUCCCCAAGGAUCCGUGGACAAGCCCUUCCUGUUGCACGACGGACGGGUCGGAUUGAGGGCCAGCUUGGACAAGGGCUGGUACACCCACGGCGAGGACGUCAAUGUGACCGUUAAUAUACGCAACGACAGCCGCAAGACGGUCCGCAAAGUGCGGGUCUGCGCCAUCCAGCACGUCGAUGUCUGCAUGUUCAACAACGGCAAAUUCAAGAACGUGGUGGCCGACUCGGACAAUGUGACCCCGCCGGUGGAUCGCACGGUGGCCGCCGGGGCCUCGCUGAACACCACGGUGGUGCUGCGGCCGCAGCGCGGACCCACCAAGAACUGGAUCGCCCUGGAGGACACCCUGCAGCGCAGCACCGAGCCGGAGGAGAUCACCGGCGCCAUCGCAGCCUCGGCCAUUCGCUCGCCGCACUUUGUGAUGCAGAAUGCCCAGCUGCUCGGCGGAUGUGGUCAUCCCCUGGGCAGUCCGGCCCUGGUCACCCCUCAUCCGCACUUGUGGCAGCCGGGUCCCCAGGGUCAGGGACAGGGUCAUCCGGGCCAUCCCAAUGCCCCGGGAAAUGGCGAGGAGCGCAAUGUGUUUGCCAUCUAUGUGUCGUACUACGUCAAGGUGAAGCUCACCCUGAGCGGCAUGGGCGGCGAGUUGUCUCUCAAGUUGCCCUUCGUCCUGGUCCAUGUGGAUGAGACCCAGCGUCCGGGAUUCGCCUCGGCCACCCUGGGUGAGCUGCGAAUGGAGAUGGAGCGCUUGGCCCUGCACGAUGCACCGGUGGGCAGGAGGAACGGCCGACGACAGGCAUCCACAUCCACGGACAUUGGUGACGGACCCUCCACCAGUGCUGCUGCUGCUGCUGCCGCCGCCGCUGCCGCCAAGUCCGCUGGCCAACAGAACUCCGGCAAUCUGGAUCUGAUCGAGACUUUGGACGAUGAGUUCAAUAUCCGGGUGCCAGUGCCCAAGAAGAAUGCCUCCCACAAGCGGCGACUGCUGCGCAGCGAGACCCUGGCCCGGGAUCUGGAGGAGCAGGAGGAGCACGCUGGCCAUCGGCCGGAGGAGGAGGACCACAUCGUCCAGAUCCAUCUGGAGCAGGUGUCGCCGGACCGGGAUGAGGUGCCGCCCCAGCAGGCGCCGGAGCCGCAGGGCCAUGCCCCCGGAGCCGAGACCGGUGCGGUGCCCAAGUCGUCGAAUGUGUGAUUCUGAUUGUGGUCCCAGAUGUUCGCCAAACGCAAGAGGAAGCCGUAGUAGUCCCAGUUCCAGUUUUAGGGGACGGCAACCAAAGGAACUUUAUUCGUUGUCACCACCCAUUUAUCUACUUAUUUAUUUAUAUUUUUAAAGAAGGCCCUUUGCCUUAUAAAUCAUUUAAAAUACAUUUCAUUUUUAAAUAUUUCCGCCUGUUUUAAAAACAACUUCCUGUGAUUCAAAAUCACCGAACAAAGGAAUUUAAAAGCGUUAGCUUUCACACAUCUGGCCCACAUUAAUGGCCUCAAGAUUUCUAAUUUCAUAACAAAACUAAUUGAAUGUGUCAAUUAAGACGUUUCAGCAGCAUUUCAAGAAUGGAGUAAAGGUAAAAUAAAUAAAAUAAAAUUUUAGCUUGGGUUGAUAGUCACAUUUUUGGCCGCACGAUGACAGUAUUAUUUUUAAUUUAGCAAAUGUUCUCCAACCAUUGUUGGCCAAAAGUCUAGGUAUGAGCUCUAGAGGCUAUGCAAAACCAGUGUAAAUGUAGCAAAAAACCAUUCAGUUUCGGUUUCACAGAUGCUAGAGGUUAGCAGUUAGGCUAUAACCAACCGAUAAGAAGGUUUACACACCAAACAGAAGAAGGUUUCCACAGUUGGCAGUGCAAGACGGCGGGGAAGUCCAUAUGGGCCAGGCUAUUCCCCAGGAAUUAGACAAUGAAUAGAGGUGAAAUUUUUGCGCUCUGAUUAAAAUCGAAGUGGAUAAAGGCGAAAAAAACAAAGAAGACGAGGGGGACGAGCAGUAGACAUAUAGUUAGUAGUGCUAAGAUUUAUCAUUUGAUAUUAGCCAUGCAAUGCGUUGAAAUUGAUGAUAUUUUGGUAGGUUAUGGGUAGAUUGACAGGUGGGAGCGGGAGCAGCCGAAAUCGGUAUCGAAAUCGCCCAGCUCGACUGUCUACUAAAUUCAAAAGCAAGCCAAGCUGAAAAAAAAAACACACUAAAAAUAACUAUAUUUGCCUAGAAUUUAAGUGAGUGUGCGGUUCCAUUCUGCAUUAAUUAACGAGUGCACAGAAAUGCCAAUUGAAAAACAAAAAAAGAAAAACCUUUUAAAUUGCACCUAUGUAUGCGCCCCCAUUAGGGCUAUUCAACCGUGUACUAACCAAAUAAUCGCAUAUAUAUUUACCGAAUAUUAAGUGUUUGAUGUGUAUUUACAAGGAAAUAUUACCGAGGCCAAAGAGGGCGGACUUAGCUGACUAUUUGUGUGAAAAUCAGAAAUCUUUUGCGGUUUCAAGCUGACGAAAAGUAUUUACAAAUAACCAAAUUAACCCACACAUAUCCGUAGGUUUUGCGGGCUCCUGUGGCCAACGUCAAUGCAUAAUUGUCGCAGUGUGUUGACUCAAUUCCAUGGUCAAAUUAGGUAAAUUAGCCAGACAGCUGCGGGCACUUUCGUCCAGAUGGCCGAUGGCCAGGCCCAGUCCCAGUCCCAUAUUUUGAAGAACUCAAUCUACUGACACAGCUCCGAGCAGUAAUUGAACACUAAACUAUAGCUAUAGUUUUUUAAAUCGUAUUGAAAUCGAACCCGAAAAGAGUUUUGCAGCCCAUUUGAGGGGACACACUUAAACCACCAAGCAAAGAAAACCGAUGAUAUCGAAGAUUUUUAAUGUUAGCUGUACGAAAAACCAUAUGAAUAUGACUAUGAUCUAUACAUGCCUACUGAAAGAGGGGAAAUUGAAAACUGAAAAAUAUUACCUAAUAUCUUUGUGUAUAUGUGUCUAGACGCUAGAGUUAAUGUGCAACAUUGAACACACUGAAUAAAGAUGAAUUUAUGAAUGUAAAACGAAUCGGUAAUCGAAAAUCCCUGUGCUUGGCCCAGGCCAACUCUGUGCGCAGAUCGAUAUGCCGAUCGUUAUAGAUAUUUAAAUAUAUAAACUAUAUACUUAUACAUAUGUAUUUAUGUGAGUGUUGCUUUGACAAGCCAAGCUACUAAUUGAUUUUCGAAAACGCUAAACUAACGCAAACGCGAUGAAAACAAAAUAAACUUAAAUGUGAUGCAUUUCUAAAGAUUACAGAUACAUAACCCCAUAUACAAUCAUAUAUGUAUACACUAUAUCGAUGGCUAUUAAGAUCUAAGUACAUAGGUCUCUCGAUCCGCAACCGCAUUAUUUUUACUUUAUGAGCUGGCCUCUAAUCACAUUUUCUCUGUCCCCGCCACCCCGCUCCAUUUUUCGUUCGUUCUAUUCCGCUGGUCUUUCUGUCUCCAGAUGGCCAGGCCUCCAGGCCUCCAGACCUCCCGACCUCCUGAUACCGAAGCCAAUUGAUUGAUGAUGAAUCUUGGCCAGCGGUCGGCGGGCGGUGUUCCACUGGUCACUGAGCAUGGCACACCGGACUCUGGGGGCAGACAGACCGCUCUAGAAACCGCUCUGAAAAUCGAAUGAAAUAAAUGU